CCAGAAAGUCCUUGUGAGGAAGCUGCAGGAGGAAGAGGUCAGCGAGUAGAUGUGGAAUAUUCCCUGAAACAGAUGGUCUCGUAAUAGCGAGAGAAGAAUUUUCAAAAGCGUGCAGGGACGGGAUGAAGGUCAUGAAGGUUCAGCAAAUCUCACACCAUGUCUUCUUUAUCCUUCUGGCUGCCACCGUGCAAUCUCAAGUCACCCCAGAAAUGUGUCGAUAUCCUCUCGGUAUGAGCGGCGGGCAGAUUCAGGACGAGGACAUCUCUGCCUCCAGUCAGUGGUCUGAGUCAACUGCUGCGAGAUUUGGCAGGCUUGACUUAGACAACGGAGACGGUGAUGGGGCCUGGUGCCCUGACAUCAUGUCACAGCCAGACAGCCUCAAAGAUUAUCUCCAGGUGGACCUGCGCUCACUGUAUUUCAUCACACUGGUGGGCACCCAAGGUCGCCACGCGGACGGCAUGGGUAAUGAGUUUGCUCAGCGAUACAGGAUCAAAUACAGCCGCGACGGCAGCAACUGGGUCAGCUGGCACGAUAGGAAGGGAAGGCAGGUCAUUGAGGGGAACAGGAAUGCAUAUGAUGUGGUGCUGAAGGAUCUGGAGCCUCCCAUCAUAGCUCGUUUUGUGCGCUUUAUGCCUGUGACAGACCACUCCAUGAUCGUGUGUAUGAGAGUGGAGCUCUACGGCUGCCAAUGGCUGGAUGGCCUGAUGUCUUAUAGCAUUCCAGAUGGGCACCAAAUGAUCUACAGAGGUCUGGAUGUCUACUUUAAUGACUCUGUGUAUGAUGGAGCUUCAGCUGAAAGACUGACAAAAGGCCUCGGCCAGCUGACAGAUGGCAACUGGGGUCUGGAUGAUUUUCUGCACAGCCACAUAUACAGCACAUGGCCAGGCUACGACUACGUGGGCUGGAACAACAAGAGCUUCCCCAAAGGUUACGUGGAGAUGAUCUUUGACUUUGACCAUGUCCGAAACUUCACCUCCAUGAAGGUUCACUGUAAUAACAUGUUCAGCAGGGGGGUGAGGAUGUUCAGACAGGCCAGCUGUUACUUCCGGUCAGGAUCAGACUGGGAGGCCAACCCGGUGACCUUCAGGCCCACCGUUGACCACGUGAGUCAAAGUGCUCGCUUCAUCACCGUGCCCCUUGGGGACCACACAGCCAGCACCAUCAAAUGCCGUUUCCACUUCAGCGACGUUUGGAUGCUGUUCAGUGAGGUGGCCUUCCAGUCAGGUUCGGCUGUGUAUAAUACAUCUCUCACUACUGGCAAACCCACAGACCCACUGCCAGGGGACGACCCUACUCAUAAAGUGGACGACAGCAAUACCAGGAUCCUGAUUGGCUGCUUGGUGGCUAUUAUUGCCAUCCUAUUGGCUAUCAUUGUCAUCAUCCUCUGGAGGCAGGUCUGGCAGAAAAUGCUUGAGAAGGCAUCUCGUCGCUUGCUGGACGAUGAGCUUACGGCUCGUCUUGCCGUUCAGGCCCAGGCCUUCUCUUCCCACCACUCCUCUCUGACCAGCGAGGAUGGCUCCACCUCCAAUUCCACCUAUGAAAGAAUCUUCCCCCUCUGUGCCGACUACCAAGAGCCUUCACGCCUUAUCAGGAAACUACCCGAGUUUGCUCAGUCCACCGAGCUCCUCGGUAAGGCGAACGCGCAGCGUAAUAAGUGCUGUGGAUGUUGCUUGCAGGUGCUGAAGUGUGUGUAUUUGUGUGUUUCGACAGCAGGGCCGAGCACCAGUGGCUCAGACGGUGCGCCCCACUAUGCAGAGGCAGACAUCAUCAGCCUCCAGGAGUCCUCAGACAGCAGCACCUACUCCUUCACGGCUGUCAACAUGAAUCUGUUUGCUGGCACCGAUUCCUCCAUGAGAGAGUUUCCCAGGCACAAGCUCACCUUUAAGGAGAAGCUGGGAGAGGGCCAGUUUGGAGAAGUGCACUUGUGUGAGGCAGAGGGCAUGCAGGACUUUUUGGAUGAGGAUUUGUCUAUAGAGGUAAACAAUGAGUCACCUCUGAUGGUUGCUGUGAAGACGCUAAGGGAAGAUGCCAACAAGAAUGCAAGGAAUGACUUCCUGAAAGAGAUCCGGAUCAUGUCUCGUCUAAGGGACCCCAACAUUGUCCGUCUGCUGGCGGUAUGUGUGGACACAGAUCCGCUGUGCAUGAUCACUGAGUACAUGGAAAAUGGAGACCUGAACCAAUUCCUCCACAAUCUCAGACUAAAAGAGGCUGCUGAUGAAGACAAGAUAGAACAAGAGGGAAAAGAAGGAAAGAGCAUGGUUCGCUACAAUAAUCUAAUUGGCAUGGCUGUGCAGAUUGCAUCUGGUAUGAAGUACUUGUCCUCUCUCAACUUUGUCCACCGGGAUCUGGCAACCCGCAACUGCCUGGUGGGUAAAAACUACACCAUAAAGAUUGCUGAUUUCGGUAUGAGUCGGAACCUGUACAGAGGAGACUACUACAGGAUCCAGGGCCGGGCUGUCCUGCCCAUUCGCUGGAUGUCCUGGGAGAGCAUCCUGCUGGGUAAGUUCACCAUGGCCAGUGAUGUGUGGGCGUUUGGUGUGACUCUGUGGGAGAUUCUGACUCUGUGCGAGGAGCAGCCAUACUCUCAGCUCUCUGACGAGCAGGUCAUUGAGAACACAGGGGAGUUCUUCAGGGACCAGGGCAAGCAGGUGUACCUGCCAAAGCCUCCCUGUUGUCCCGAUAGAGUCUACAAUGAUCUCAUGCUGAGCUGCUGGAGGAGAAAUGCCAAGCAGAGGCCAAGCUUUCAGGAGAUACACACUCAGCUGAUGGAGAGCCUGGUGUAGCAGAUGGAACAGAUCAUUUCCCUCUGCCAUGCACUGUCACAAUUCCUCCCUUAAAUCUCAGUUUAUUUGGGGUUAAUUUGGAGUUAUGAACAUCUCAUCAGUUGCUUGCCACAGUGAUGCUGUAAAUAAGAUAUGGAGCAUUAUAUUGUAGAUAUCAUGCAAGGUAGCACUAUUCAUACCUCUGUCUAUUUAUUAAUUUCUUUUUAUUUCCUAUAGUGCAUAUAUUGAUAGAGUAUUUCAUGGUAAUACUAGAUUUUUAAAUACAAUUGUGAAUAUUGUUUUUAUUUCUUUACCACACAUAUAUCUAUUUCUGUUCCACAUCUAUUAGUGUCGCUAUAGUUGUGUUUUAUAAUAUUUUAUAUUUUUGCUUUUAAAUUGUAAGAUGAGCAAAUGACUUUCUUUCUGGAUGACUGGUAUUUUACCCUGCAGCAGUUUGCUGACAUGUUUUAUAAAGGUGCUUGUGUUUCUUGCAGAAACAAAGUUGACUGUAUAUUGUUGAAUGGUUUCCUGUUUUAUAGCUGUCAAACCAAAGAUCUCUGUAAAUAAAGAAAACUGAAUAUUCACAGCUGU